AUGGGUAGAGCUCCUUGCUGUGACAAAGCCAACGUCAAGAGAGGACCGUGGUCGCCAGAAGAAGAUGCAAAACUCAAAGCCUACAUCGAACAGUACGGCACUGGCGGCAACUGGAUUGCCUUGCCACAGAAAAUAGGUCUAAGGAGAUGUGGGAAGAGUUGUCGGCUCAGAUGGUUGAAUUAUCUGCGGCCAAAUAUCAAGCAUGGUGGAUUUUCAGAGGAAGAGGAUAGCAUCAUUUGCAGCCUCUAUAUGAAUAUCGGAAGCAGGUGGUCUAUUAUCGCGGCACAGUUGCCUGGAAGGACAGACAAUGAUAUCAAGAACUACUGGAAUACAAAGCUGAAGAAAAAGUUGCUCGGCAAGCAACGUAAGGAUCAAAGGACUCGGGCAGCCAGCUCUCUCAAGCAAGAAAUGAAUAGGAAAAAAGAGAAUUUCAUGACUACAGAAGCCAUACAUGUGCUACACUCUCAUCAGCUGCAGCAACCACUGGCCUUUCCUGCAGUUAUUCCACAGCAACAAGCACAUGAUGUGGAGGACCAGGCGGUCAUCAUAGCAGGAAAGUUGUCUGCCGAUGAUCAACAAGCAAAUGGGAACAGCUUUAACAAUCACAACAGUUUAUACUCUUGUGACAUUUCCUUUGGUGAAGGACAGGCAUGUGAAAAUCCCCUCAGCAUGGCUUCAUGCUCACAACAGUGUUCGCCAAGCAGCUAUUAUCCCAUUCACGGGGUAAUUGCAAACAGCAACAUUCCAUGCUAUAGCAGCUUCCCUUUUCAUGAGCUUAAUGGGAUGGAAUACAUUAAUAAUUUCCAUCAGUCGGAUACUUUACAAAGUUUUUCGGGAACGGAUACGGUUAAUAGAAGCACAAUCACCGGCACUUCACCUGAAAGUACAAGCUGGGGAGAUACAAACUCUCUUGUUUAUUCUCCUAUCGUAUCCUGCUACGAAAUCUGCCAACAACCUAUCCAGCAAAGCUGCACACUUGAAAAAUCCAGCUACUUCAGGAUGCAACAAGAAACUGUACUUCAAUAA